AUGGGAGGCCGGAGAGUCGGGGGAGGAGAGGAGCGGGGGGGGGGGGGAGGCAAGGCGGGAUGGGGGCCGGGGACAGCAGGACCUGAAGAGGCCGAGGAAGGGCAAGGACGUGCGUUUUAUCCACCCCCCCGGCAGCGGCGGGAGGAGGGGCUGCAGGUGGGGAGAAGCGCGGGCUGCAAGCCGCGGCGCCCCUGCGGAGAGGGACAGCAAAAUGCAGCACGCCCGGGCUACCCGCGUUCGCCGGGGUGCGGGACGCGAAGCCCCCGCGCUCCGGAGGCUGCCCGCCUGCGCUCGGCAGGCCUGCGCCGCCGCCUCGUCCGGGCCGCGGCGUCUCCGCUCGCGGACGCGCAGCCACCUCCUCAUGCCGCGCCGGGCCCCGGCGCCCCGCGGCGGCCGCGGGAGCCGAGCGCAGGCGAGGGCGGCGUCCCGGCUAGCGGCGAGCGCGCUCCAACCCCGGCUCCUGCCACCGCCAGCUGCCCGCCCGGCCGCAAGGGCGGCAACCGCAGCAACAUUACCGCCGCCCGCCCGGGGUCAGGCGCCCCCGCCGGCGCCGCCCCCCCACUCCGCCCCCGGACACCAGGCGUAGAGCGACCGGGAGACUCGCGCUGCGGGCAGAGCCGGGGGCCCGAAGAGGAGGAGGCCGGCCGCCGUCGGAGCCGCGUCUGGAUCGCAGGAGGGGGCGGGCCCGAAAGGGCGGGGAAGAGGCGGAAAACCGGGACCGGCGGGCGCACCCGGACACCCCUGCGGGCUCCGCGCUCGGGCUCGAAACUGCAGGCGGCGCUGCCCGGGCACCGGAGGAAACCUGGAGGCCCCCACCCACCCUCUCUCCUCCCUUCGCCCGAAACACCGCGCCUCCUGAUUGGCUGGCGCCGCACCGCGCGGAGCAACCUGCCCCCACCUUGCGCCGCGACCUGGGCCGCCGCUGCCUCCUGCGUCACGGCGGCCCCCGCGAGCCCGGGGACCCCGCGCUGCUCCGGGCUGAGGGACUGGUCUUGAGCUUCGGAUCACACUCUGCCAACAGUAAAGAGUGAUGCCGGUCUCUUCCUGUUUAAAUACCAAAUUUCCUACUGAGUCAUCCAUUAAGUUUCCAGUAGUCUGAAGGAUGCCUCAGGGUCUCAGCUCAUUUGUAAAGCAAUAAUCGAUGAAAUACUUAGAACUGAAGAAAUGCUAACCAAACCUUUUCAAGCCCAGAUUAUCAACUGAUACUUCCUCAGGAGCCAGGUAAAGCCCACAGCAGAGGAAUGACCUUGCAGAAAGUUUAAUUUUAUAAUAUCAAGGUUUAAUUUUAUAACAUCAGUAAGACUUUAAACUUAUAAUGACAAAACUUAACAAUAGUAAGACAUAAGUAAAUUUCAUUUAACUGCUUUGUUUUACAUUUAUUACUACCAAGUAUUCCUUCUAUUAUUUUCUGUUUAUGAGAGCCCCCUGCUCUUAAAUAUCUGCGAGUCAAACUGAAUAAGUUAAAACUAAUGGUUCUCUAUUUAUAUUAAUCAGAAAUAUAUUACUGAGAUUGUGAUUACAACAGAAUAGAAAAAUGUACUUGUUUGAUGAGGUGGGUGACAUUUUACUUGGUCUGUGCUGAGUGAGGAUAAACAAUAUCCAUUAAGGGUUUGGGAUUUGCUCACAACCUUGGUAGCAUAAAAAUCUGUAAGUUUUUUGUUUUUUGUUUUUUUCCUCUAAACUGGGUGGGGGUGGUGGUGGAGGAAUGCAUGAAAGCACAUAGAAUCUUACUUUUAUGGUUGGUUAAGGUUCAGACCUCUAUAUUACAAUCACUGAUUAAAUAUGGUAAUUUUAUAUAUUUAAACACAUGGUCUCAGCAUCUGAUAUUCAGUUAAAGAAAAUUGUUGGGUUGAUGAAUUAUGCUUAGACACUUGAAUUCUUUACUUACGUUAUUGGGGUGUAGAUUGUAUAAGAGUUAGACUUUGGUGUGAUUUAUGAAAUGGAAUAUAUAUUCUAAGAUAUUGUUGUGGCACAGACGCUUCUCUUAAAUAAAGCCCGUUUUCCCCACUGAUUUUCAUUAUAAAUACAGUCAGAGUUCUGCUGAGAAAAAUCAGCAGAUUUUUCUAUAUCUUAUUUAGGUUGUAUUAAAUAAAUAUUAAAAUAAGUGUCUUACAUUUGAAAGCAAACAAUCACUUUAAAGGCAGAUUUUAAUAAUCUUAUAUAUAUGAAAAAAUACAAGCUGUAAGGUGAUACUGUAUUGUGGUUAACAUUUAAAAGGAAAACCAUCGUAGUAAUAACAAUCUCUAUUUCAGCAGUUGACCCAAAUUUCAUACUCCUUUCAAAUUACCUUAACCCUUUCAUCCUAAAUCCAAAAUCAUUCUUUCCCAUCAUAAGAAUGCCCUAUAGCGUUUUCAAGUAUUCAAACCACCUUUCUAUCAUUUUCACAACAUCCCUUUGGGGUACGUUUGGCAAGUAUUAUUAUGUCACUAAAGCUCAGUAAGGUACAAUAUCUGGCCUGAGGUCACAUGGUAAUAAGGUAGCAGAGCUGGGCAGAGAGCCAAGAUGUUAUCAGCCUCAUUCAGUGCCCUUUCCACAAACCACACCUGCUCCAGUUUUCACAGGGAUUACAUUGUCUAUGGGGGCAAAUGUUUUAUUUAGUGUAUUUUUAAAAAUUUUUUUCUAGAAAUCUUUCAAACUAUCUUUACUAAUUUUGUCUCAUAUCUGUGUCACAAAGCAUAUAAAUUAUGUUUAUAGUUUAUAGUAUAAAGCAUAAAGUUAAGGCCCAUCUGUCUAGUUCAAUCAAUUGAUAGGUCAAAAUGAAAAAUUAAUAGAUUGUGUUCGCUUUAUCCAUUUUUUUUUCCUCAGCAUAAUGUUGGUUUAUUCACCAGAUUGCUAGUUUUGCUUUAAAGAGAAUCUGAGCUGCCAACCAAUGCCCCUAACUAGCCCCUAGGCUGCCUAGAAAAAAAAAAAAAAACCUCCCCAUGGCAGAUGAAAUAAGAAUGUGUUCAGAAAACUUGAGGUUGGAGGUGGAGGAACAGACAAUGAAAAGCAAAGACGAGAGACAGAGAGCAGCUGGGUCACAUAAAAGGUAGUGCCUUGUGCCUUCCAUGGGAAAGGGUGUUAUUUAAGCACCCACCAGGAUGAAAUGUAGGUUUCCUCUUCCUGUUUGAGGCUUCCACCACCCAGGUUCCCAGAAAGCUGAGGGAAAUCACAGUAUCAGCACACAUAGAAACAGAUGCAGAGGACAAGUGGGCAUUAUACAUACCAGCUGAUCAAUCCCACCCUAGAGAGAGGGUCCAUAAACCUGGCUACUAAACACACAAAGCAAUAACCACAUUCCCAGAGUCACCUUGAAUUCUAAACAGCAGUUAGUCCUGGGUAACUUUGAGAGAUAUCUUUCUUAUCGAUACACACAUACACACACGUUAAAAAGAAGGAAGAAAAAAACACUCAUUACUUGACACAGUUCAUUGAAUUUUUAAAAAAAUCAUUUCCUGUACAUGAUUCUAUUUUGAUGACAUACAGUAGUACCCCAGAAUCUUGUACAAAAACAAGGCAAUAAAUAAUUAUUGAAUGAAUCAAUCAACAUUACUUUUAACCUUUUACAUAUAUUCCUUUGAGUAGUGUAACAAGGAGUACAAGUUAGUUCACCUUAAUUUACCAGGAGCAUUUUAUCAAAAGAGCCAUCUUCAUAGGUGAAUGAAUCAUAAAAGUAGAAGAUAAAAUCCAUAGAUAAAAGCUAGGAUAUUAUUAAAAUGUUCUUCUCUCAUAUCAAGAAUCGUAUAACCUGUGGCAGCCAAAAGCAAUCAAAAAUAUAGAAUUUAAAAUACAGAAUAAACUUUUAAUGAAGGACAUUCAUAGGCAAUUUUUUAUCCAUUUUUUUUAUCCUGUGUGACAUCAUAGGGCUCACAGGAUUUUCUCCAUCUAUUCUUUUAGUGACUAACCCAUCUAUUCUUUUAGUGACUAACAUAAUUUUAGAGUUUAAAUGGAUAAAUGUUGAGGUGAGAAAGAGGAUUCAGGUAAAUUUGAUAAAGGAUUUCAGUGCUUCUGUGCCUGAGAAGAGAAUUUUGGAAUACUGAGGUCCUGACUUAAAUUAAAAUUCACAUGUUCAUAGUCACAGGAAGGAUUUAAGUUACCAUACAAGGGAUGGAAAAAAAAUAAAUAAAAUAAUCAUGGUAAAACACUAAAAAAAAAAAAAAACCCAAGGGAUGUAAAAACCUAAGUUUAAAUAUAUCAGAGCUAACCAAAAGAAAGAAGCCAGUCUUGGGGCACCAGGGUGACUCAAUCUGUUGAGAGUCUGACUUCGGCUAGGCUCAGGUCAUGAUCUCGUGGUUUGUGAGUUCCAUCUGUGCUUGGGCUCCUCACUGACAGUGUAGUGCCUGCUUGGAAUUCUCUCUACCUCUCUCUCUCUCUCUCUC